UUAAUGGUUUCUUCACAAGGCCUGAAAUUGAACGGUAGUGAUGCAGCCAUUCCAAAAAGACGUCACAUUGGGAGGAUUGGCGUAACGGGAUAUGACACUGGGCUUCCUCGCGGUGACGUGGAGAGCGCGUUGAGAAAACAUUUCGCUUCAUGUGGCCAAAUCACAGAUGUUUAUAUUCCCGUACGGUGUCGAAGAGAUAAUAUUAUUACUCUCGAGAGGUUUGUGGCUUCUUCCUCCGAUCCAGUUUUCCCAGCGCAGCUCGAAUACAGUUUUAUUUAUUUUGUGGGAGAAGGCGCAGUAGACAAUGCGUUGCAACUUGAUGGAAGUGACGUGGCAGGAGGGAAUGUCUCUGCAGAGGAUAUUCCGUUUCUGGAAGAUGCACAUAAUGUGCCGGAACUUAGUGGGAGCGUUAUGGGAGGACGCAAAGUAGUCGUUGAGCUUAUUGGUACACCGGAAAAAACCACUGUCUACGACCACCCCCCUCAUCGUGGUCGUCGUGACGGUUGCUGCUACGUCCAUAAUUGCCAAGUAAAACUGUCGUGGUUUACUCUAGGUGAGAAGGCUAAGGCGACUGUGGAGUAG